AUGAGCCAUGUUCAAAAGCGUCUUGUCACCACUGCAGCCAAGCUCGCGUCCCUCUCCGCUACAAACCUUACCAAAUUUCCCCCAAAGCAGGCUCUCAUAGUCAAGUCCGACGUCCCUCAAUCAACUUUUAAUCCAGAGAUAUGGGCUUCAUUGCAACCGCCACCCCCACCUGCACUCUCCGCGUUCGCCCACAGAAUAGGACUCGCUUCGAUUCUCACCUCCACAGACCUAAUACAACAGGCUUGCACACACCCCUCCUUCACCGCUCUCUAUUCCCAACAUUAUCCACGGGAAACACCACCUAGUACCAACGCCCAACUCGUCAUUCUUGGGAACUCUUUGCUUGGUCUCUUUGCAACCGAGUAUCUCAAUGCCAAGUACCCAUACCUCCCUACCAGAGUACAGAAAGCAGCUCUAACAGCUCACGUGGGUCCUGCCACCUGCGCUAGUAUUGCACAAGAAAUGGGCGCCACUCCUCUGGUGCGGUGGCAUCGUACACCGAGAACCUCAACCCGACCCAGCGUUCUACAUACGGAUGCGCUCGCCUCGGUACCAAGAGCACUCACCGCCCUCGUUUACCAGCAGCGUUCUUUGUUUUCUGCCCGAAAAUUCGUGCAUUCUUAUUUCCUCAGUCGCCAAAUAGACCUCCGCGGAAUGCUCAAAUUUCUCGACCCUAAAAAAGCUCUUCUGGAGAUGGUGAAAAAAUUUGAUCGAGAGAAACCAAAAUCACGACUGCUCAAGGAAACCGGCCGUUUUUCUAAUUCACCAGUUUUUGUCGUGGGUAUUUUCUCUGGUGCAGACCAGCUUGGAGAAGGUUUUGGUAGUUCAUUGAAAAUGGCUGAGUUCCGCGCCGCAGAAGAUGCUCUUCAUCGGGUAUAUCUUACACAAACACCGGAUGAUCUCCUUCAAUUACCAACGUCGACCUUUUCUCGUAGCCCGGGAGACGUCUUUCACGACGAUCCGGCUGAUGCGGAAAACGAUUAUACGGCCCCAGACUUGACUAUAGCUGAGAUUAUGUACGCGAGCUCAGGCAAGAGUAAGGUUGCGCCCAUAGGACAUUAA